AUGUCGCGUGGAAGCUUGAAGCUCCAAGCGGCGCACGGCAGACCGGAGCUGCUGCUGCUCCACACGCUCCCGUUAAGCGGACAGGUGGAGUUCGAGUACAGCAACCUGCCGGGUCAUCCGGCUCAUCAUCACGUGCACUUUCCUGAUGCACAUCACACGUUUGAAGCCAUGCAGCGCAGACACACGACCUUGAGGGAGAAAGGUCGCAGAGGGCCGGCGUACAUGUUCAGCGAGCGCGACACGAGUCUCACGGCCGAAGAGGAGCGCUUCCUGGAUGCCGCAGAGUAUGGAAACAUCCCAGUUGUCCGGAAGAUGCUGGAAGACUCGGAGACGCUCAACGUGAACUGCGUGGACUACAUGGGCCAGAAUGCUCUCCAGCUCGCCGUGGCCAACGAGCACCUCGAGGUGACCGAGCUGCUCCUGAAGAAAGAAGGUCUAGCACGGGUGGGCGAUGCCCUGCUCCUGGCUAUCAGUAAAGGCUACGUACGGAUCGUGGAAGCCAUUUUGGCGCAUCCGGCUUUCGUAGGUGGCCGCCACUUCGCCCCGAGCAUCUUGGAACGGGAACAGAGAAAUGAAGAUGACGACUUCUACGCGUACGACGAGGACGGAACGCGGUUUUCACGCGACGUGACGCCGGUGAUCCUGGCUGCACAGUGUCAGGAGUAUGAGAUCAUACACACCCUGCUGGUCAAAGGUGCACGCAUCGAAAAGCCUCACAAUCACUUCUGUAAGUGCGCAGAGUGCUCCGAGAAGCAGGGGCAAGACUCCUUCAGCCACUCGCGCUCACGCAUGAAUGCCUACAAAGGCCUGGCGAGUGCCGCCUACCUCUGCCUGUCCAGUGAAGAUCCGGUGCUGACGGCACUCGAGCUCAGCAACGAGCUCACGCAACUCGCCAACGUCGAGACCGAGUUCAAGAACGACUACAGAAAGCUGUCCAUGCAGUGUAAAGACUUUGUGGUCGGGGUGCUGGACCUGUGUCGAAACACAGAGGAGGUCGAGGCCAUUCUGAACGGGAACGUGGACCAUAAGCUGCCGACUGAACACAGCAGACCCUGCCUGAGCCGCGUCAAACUGGCCAUCAAGUUCGAAGUCAAAAAGUUCGUGGCUCAUCCGAACUGUCAGCAGCAGCUCCUGACCAUGUGGUAUGAAAAUCUGUCUGGUUUGAGGCAACAGUCCAUAGGAGUGAAAUGUUUAACGGUUCUCGGGGUGAUGGUGACUCUGCCAUUCUUGGCCAUCGCGUACUGGAUUAUGCCGUACCGUAAGCUGGGUCAGGUGCUCCGCAGUCCGUUCAUGAAGUUUGUGGCUCAUGCGGUGUCCUUCACCAUCUUCCUGUGCUUGCUGGUGCUCAACGCCUCCGAUCGCUUUGAUGGAGUCAAAAACCUGCCCAAUGAAACCAUCACUGAUCACCCGCGGCAGGUCUUCAGGGUCAAAACCACUCGGUUCUCCUGGACCGAGAUGCUAAUAAUGAAAUGGGUGCUGGGAAUGAUCUGGUCAGAGUGUAAAGAGAUUUGGGAGGACGGGUUGCGUGAUUACAUCAUGCAACUGUGGAACAUUUUAGACUUCGGGAUGCUGUCCAUCUUCGUGGCAUCGUUCACAGCGAGGCUCAUGGCAUUUCUGCAUGCCUCGCAAGCGCAGCUGUAUGUUGACCUGUACGUGACGAGCUCGGACCUCAGCAACGUCUCACUGCCUGCUGAGGUGGCCUACUUCACUUACGCAAGGAAUCGCUGGCUUCCCUCUGACCCCCAGCUCAUCUCUGAAGGCCUCUACUCUAUUGCUGUAGUCCUGAGCUUCUCACGCAUCGCCUACAUCCUGCCGGCCAACGAGAGCUUUGGACCACUACAAAUCUCCCUGGGCCGCACAGUGAAGGACAUCUUCAAGUUUAUGGUCAUCUUCAUCAUGGUCUUCCUUGCCUUCAUGAUCGGCAUGUUUAAUUUGUACUCCUACUACCUGGGUGCCAAGUAUAACCCUGCCUUCACCACGGUUGAAGAAAGCUUCAAGACACUGUUCUGGUCCAUUUUUGGUUUGAGUGAGGUGAUCUCUGUGGUGUUGAAGUAUGACCAUAAAUUCAUUGAAAACAUCGGCUACGUCCUGUAUGGUGUCUACAAUGUCACCAUGGUGAUUGUGCUGCUCAACAUGCUGAUCGCCAUGAUGAACCACUCCUACCAGGAGAUUGAGGAGGAUGCAGAUGUUGAGUGGAAGUUUGCUCGAGCUAAGCUCUGGCUCUCCUACUUUGAUGAAGGCAGGACUCUUCCUCCACCUUUUAAUCUGGUGCCCAGUCCUAAGUCAUUCUAUUACAUGGGCUUACGCACAAGAUCUUGUCUCGUCAGACUAUGCAAGGCCAAAGGACGUCGUGGAAGUCAGCAAGAUAUGGACACUCCACAUUCUUUAUCUAAGCUCCACAGGUAUCGACCAUGCCGUACUCAAGACGAAUACACAAUGAGAAAUUCUAUCAAACAUCCAACUAGAUACCAGAAGAUCAUGAAGCGCCUCAUUAAGCGAUAUGUCCUGAAGGCUCAAGCUGACAGUGAAAACGAUGAAGUCAAUGAGGGUGAGCUGAAGGAGAUAAAGCAGGACAUCUCCAGCCUACGCUAUGAGCUACUAGAGGAGAAAUCUCAGAUCACAACAGAACUCGCUGAUCUCAUUCAGCAGCUGGGUAACAUGCUCAGUAAAUUGACCAAUAAAUCAGUAAUCCCCGAAGAACCUUCAACCAAGAUGCCCUGA